CAGACAUUUCAUGGCUACCUGGAGGACAUCAUCAACUAUCGCUGGGAACUGGAGGAAGGGAAGCCCAAUCCCUUACGAGAAUCUACUUUCCAAGAGCUACCCUUGCGCACUCGUGUGGAGAUCUUGCACCGCCUUUGUGAUUACCGACUUGAUGCUGAUGAUGUCUUUGACCUACUCAAGGGUUUGGAUGCAGAUAGCCUUCGGGUGGAACCGCUGGGUGAGGAUGGCAACGGUGCCCUCUACUGGUAUUUCUAUGGCACUCGUAUGUACAAAGAGGAACCCAUGAAACCAAAUGGAGAAAUGCCUUCAGACAGGGGAUGUGAGAUACAGACAAGCACUCAAACCAUUCCUGGAAAAAUAGUAAAAAGACGAGGGCGACCUCCAAAACGAAAGAAACUACUGGAGGAGAAUCUCUUAAGAGAGAAGGCAGAAGAAAACACACUUGUGUGUGAGUCACAGAUGAGAAAUGGUUCUCAAGGACCAGGUCAUGGAACAUGGUGGCUUCUAUGUCAGACAGAAGAGGAUUGGAGGCAGGUUACAGAGAGCUUCCGAGAGAGAACAUCUUUAAGAGAGAGGCAGCUUUACAAGCUCCUGAGUGAAGAUUUCCUGCCAGAGAUCUGCAACAUGAUUGCACAAAAGGAGAAACGUCUGCAGCGAAUGGAGUUUUCUCCUAGGUGGAUGUCUGAUCGUCAGCACAUAAAGCCAAUCAGGCAAGAGGUGACCCCUGUGGUGCUCAGCAGAAUGGAGAAGCAGAGACGGCGGGAAGAGGAGGAGGAACGUCAAAUCCUUCUGGCAGUUCAGAAGAAGGAGCAAGAACAAAUGUUGAAGGAGGAAAGGAAACGAGAAAUGGAGGAGAAAGUCAAGGCAGUGGAAGAACGAGCCAAGAGAAGGAAGCUCCGAGAAGAGCGGGCAUGGCUGCUUGCCCAGGGAAAGGAACUUCCCCCAGAGCUUUCUCACUUGGAUCCCAGUUCACCUGCUAGGGAGGAGAGGAAGACCAAGGACCUUUUUGAAUUGGAUGAUGAGUUCACUGCCAUGUACAAAGUUCUCGAUGUAGUGAAGGCUCACAAGGACUCCUGGCCAUUCCUGGAGCCAGUUGAUGAAUCCUAUGCCCCAAAUUACUACCAAAUUGUUAAGGCUCCCAUGGAUAUAUCUAGCAUGGAGAAGAAGCUAAAUGGAGGGCAAUACUACACUAAGGAGGAAUUUGUGGGUGACAUGAAGACCAUGUUCAGGAACUGCCUUAAAUACAACGGUGAAAAUAGUGAAUACACUAAAAUGGCUUAUAACUUAGAAAGAUGCUUCCACCGGGCAAUGAUGAAACACUUUCCUGGAGAAGAUGGGGACACAGAUGAUGAGUUCUGGAUCAGAGAAGAUGGGAAGCGAGAGAAAAGAAGCCGUCGGACUAUACGUUCCAGCACAGGGAAUGUUUGGACUCGAUCCAGAGACACUGAAGGACCUGGCAAGAGACAACAGCAUGUGCAAAAUGGAGGAAAACUUCCACCUCACAAGGCAAAACACAGAGUGCCUACUUCUUCCUCUUCUUCCUUCUUCUCUGCUGAGGGUCCAAGUAGCAGUUCUAUUCAUCCCUCUGGAGAAGUGGCCUCUUCCAAUGGCCGAGGCUUCCUGAGCUCACACAGCUAUGGUGGAAUGCCCAGCCGUGUAUCCCAUCCAGGGCAGAUGAGAUCAGCAGUGCCAGGACCAUUUGGCUCUUUGCAUGGGUCUGAUCCAGCAAAACCAUAUGGGUCACCACGAGUACCAGAACCACACCCUGGUGAGCCAGGUCAGCAGCACCAGCACUUUGUCAUGCAGCCUACAGUUGGAUUGAAUGAUCCCAGAGGACAUCGGCUUCCUGCUCCAGAGAAGCAGGUAUGUGCAGGACCAAUGCACGUCUCCACAAUAGGACCACAGCCUGGAUCUCUUCAACUUUGUCGGAUGACAGGUCCUCCCUCAGAUGCCAGUAUGUAUUCCCCUGCACAAUUUCAGCAAGGAUUCCCUUCUCCAAGGCACAAUGGACCCCCUACAAGACAAACAGAGACCUCAGAGGUUCCCCCUGGACAUGUUUACAGGCCCUAUAAGUACCUAAACCGUGCACAUCCUGCUGUGUGGAAUGGAAGCCAUGAUACAGUAAACCAGAUGACCUUGGGAGUAGACAAGCGACCCUCAGUGGGUCCGCCUCGUGCUUUGAGCCACAUGAUGGACCCUCAGGUACUGAGACCACCUUUGCCACCUAAUCAGUGGACUGAGCAAUCCAAUUUCCUACCUCAUGGAGCUCCACCCUCAGGAUAUAUCCGACAACCAGGAAAAGGCCUUGGUCAGAGAAUGCAGCAGCAGCUACCAGCCUCAUUAUUUGGGCCUCCCACACAAAUGCCAAGAGGAAACCAAGGUGGGGAUUCCAUGAUGGACAGUCCAGAGAUGAUUGCCAUGCAACAGCUGUCCUCCCGGGUAUGCCCACCUGGCGUGCCUUACCACCCCCGCCAGCCUCCUCCCCCCCACUUGCCUGGACCAUUUCCACAAUUGGCCCAUGUAGCAUCUAUGAACAUUCAACCUCCAAAAACAGUUUUAGGGAAUGGGAAUUCUCAGGACACCAGUCAGACAGUUGAUCCAGAGAACAACCAAGUGAACCCUCCACCAGGAGUGGAAGAGAAAGCCCAGUGUAUUGGCCUUCCAGAGGGGACAUACCCCAAGCUGCUACCUCAUUCCAAGCUUCCCUUGCAAAUGGAUUGCUCCAGGCAGACCCAGGAAGGGGAGGGUGUUGAUUCUGGAACUAAAAAUGAUCCAAAAGCAACACAGAGCAAGAGCACAUGGCCAUCGGAGAGUAACUAUACAAGUUCAGCAGCCCAAGGAUGUGCGCAGGACAUUGUAAUAGCAACAGAAAGAGGGCCUGUGCCUGAAAAUGGUGCUAUAGGUGAUGGACCAUCCACUGACACUGAAGGGAAAACUCUGGUUGCUAAUAUAAUGGAGAAGUCUCGUUGCACUGGAGGGAAAAACGUGUUGGAAGCAACUGUGCCUUGCGUGGGACAGAGCACCAAUACUCCUGCUGCCAUGGACAGCAGUCCGGCAAGAGGCACCUCUGGCCAGUUUGCCCCUCUCUACAUGCCCAAUUUGGAGUAUCCAAAUUCAGCAGCACGCUAUCACAUCAAUCCAGGACUGCAGGGAUUUAAUCCAAUGAUGGGAGGGAAACCCCACCCAGUAUCCCAUUCUCAGCAUUUUUCUGCCCGAGGCUUUCAGCCUAGUAACAGUCCCCAUGGGGUUUUCCCCCGCUACCGUUCCCACCAGGGCAUGCCAUACCCUUACCAGCCUCAACCUCCUCCUUCCUAUCACCACUACCAGCAGCCUCCUUACUAUCCUUGUCCACAGGGCUAUUCAGACUGGCAGAGGCCUUUCCCUCCCCAGUCCAGUCCCACUGGUCAUCCACCUGGUCCAUCACCUCUGGCCAGGCCUCCUUUCUCAGACAGAGCGACCAUGGGCAGCGGCAUGCAGGGCUGUGAAGUGCUUACCGCUUCUUUGGCUUCCCCAAACCGAAUGGACAUGGCAAGCACCAAAGAGGUUCCCAGCAGUGGGCAAGAGCUGCCACCCGAGGCUGAGAAAACGGAUGAAUCCCAAGAGAGGCCUGAGAGUCCCAAAGAGUUUCUUGAUUUGGACAACCACAAUGCAGCCACCAAGAGACAGAGAUCAGUUGCAGCCGGAGAAUACCUGUAUAGUUCAUCACCACCACCACCCAUGAGUUCUUCUGGGCUUGGGUUUGGUUCCUCUGCUUUCCCACCACAUGGUGUCAUGCUGCAGACAGGGUCACCUUAUGCACCACGACAUCCCAGCAGUCACUUCCAGUCCAGAGCUUAUGGGUCACCUGUGAAUGCUCACUUGGCACAUCUUCCAGCCACCAAUCAAGCCAAUGGUCUUGCUCAUGAGGGACCUCUGUACCGCUGCCAGGAAGAGAAUGUGGGGCACUUUCAGGCCUUAAUGAUGGAACAGACAGGACGUGGAGGUGGCAUGGGGGGACUGUCUCCAGAUAUGUAUAAAACAGCAGGAAUGCACAUGCACCAGCCACAAGCCCCGUUCCUAAAGGUGCCUACCACAACACCAGCCCGGGAAGAGCCUCCAGCACAAAAAACACCAGCAUUGCCUCUGGAUCAAAGUUAGUCUAAGGCUGGAAGGAUUUGAUGGAGAUGAGAGCCACAUAUGAGUGGAUGAGAGCAAAGGGAAAUAUACUUUCUACGCUCAUCUUCUUUCCCAGAAGCAAAUCUUUCCAAGGUCUGGUGGAAUAGAGCACCUCACAGGACUGUCUCAAUGACACAGGGGGAGCAACUUGAACUAAUGACAUUUUUCACCAGAGACUUAGGUUUCAUUAAGAGUUUAAAGGGGCUCUGUUUGAGGAGCUUGAAACUUUCAUGAACUGCUAAAACUCAGGUAUAUUUUUCAGGGUGAAAGACAGGAGGCUAUUGAAAGUACUUGUAUUAAUAUGUGUGUUUGGAAUGGAAUCCAGUUUACAGAUUUUUUUUAACCUGUUGCCUUUUUAAAGAAAAAUAUUUUUGUUGGUGAAUGUAUUGUACAUUAUUAGGGUGGGAGUGGUAGGCCUCAAAUGUUGUGGGCAUAGCACUGGGAUGAUCAUAUGUUUACAAUCAUGUCACAAUGAAAUCCUUCAGGAGUGGGUAGCAUAGCUGUCAAGUUCUCCCUUUUUUUAAGGGAAAUUCUAUUAUGCUGAAUAGGCUCCUCGCGAGAAAAGGGAAAACUUGACAGCUAUGGUGGGUAGAUGCAGGAAAUAAUUGUUUCCCCCCCCCCUGGUUUUUAAAAAUCAACACCACCUAUUGGUUACCUGGGGCUAAGGCAUUGCCUGGCAACUGGCCACAGGUGUUGCUCAGGAGAAAUCAGUGUUCCCCAAUCUUGCCCUUGAAUUGUAUGCACUGCUAGUUCCUGCCACUAUUGGAACUAGGAAACCAGCAAACUAGAAUUUCCAGAAAUUUGGAAAUCUUGUUUAGAAUUGUAACAGCCUUUUCACAAACAUUUCUGGCUGGGAAUAAUAGUUACCCUGGCAUACACCCAAGCUGAGAUUAUGGGGAUAAGAAAAGAGAAUGUUGUUACAUGUAAUGCCAAUGUUUUCAAAGAUCUCUUUAAAGAUGCUAGAACCGGAGACAAAGGCCUGUGAGGAUAUUACAGAAGGGUUUCUUAUGCAGCAUCUGUGAUGCUUUCAAUGACACCUAGAAUGAAAUAAUAUGGCCCUCUGAUUUUGUCUUAAGUAUGUGGCUCUAGCCAGGCCUGGACACACAUUCAGUCAGAGUGUGAACAUUUUCACUAGGCACUACUAUAUUCUGUUGAUGGAUGCCAUAGGUCUGCCCAUUUGUUUACUUUGUGCCUGGCAUGAGCUUCAAUGUAUAUCAUAAGUGAUCACUCCCUUGUCUCACUGUGUGUAGAAGUUAGUGACUGAACAGGAAAAAAUCCAUGCUUAUUUGAGCUCCUCUGUGCCCAUGGAAAGCAGAGAAAGGAGCAUGUGAGCCAGAAAUCUAUUCUCAGUCUCAUGACUAGUACAAGUAGCAAGUAAAAAAGGACCACGGCCACAUCUCUAGUGGCAGUUCCAGCUAACCUAAUACAAUUAGAGUACACAGCUCAUGGACAGUCAUUUUCAAAGGAAAGAAACAGGCGCUGGCACCUAGGCCCUGAAAUAAUUUUUUUUAACGUGAUUUCCCCCUCCCACAAAUGAAUUUAUAUUAGGUGUUUUGUUUUGUUUUUGAGAAAUAGAACUCUAGCCCAGAGUCAUAGCCUCAUUGCAGGCAGUUACCAUAUGGUGCAAGCUUGAAAGGGGCUCUAUCUAUGUCUAUCACUAAAUAUUACUUGAGUUUCUGCCUCUUCCCUUUAAUCUCUUCUAGUCUGCUACCAGAUAACUUCAUAAACUAGGGAAGAAAAAUUUCCAUUCCUUGUAUAGCAGAUGUGGCUAGCUACUGGCUCUGCAGAAGUUGUUCCACUACCUCCCAUCAGUCCCAGUCAACAUGACCAACAUUAAAGGAUGGUGGAAGCUGUAGUCCCAACAACAUCUGGUGGGCCACAAGUUAGCAUAGUAUUCCCUCCCCUCCCCCCCCCAAAAAAAAUCAGGAAUACAUUCCAAAUGUGUAGUCAUUUUAGUCUGUGAAACAAACAAACAAAAGAAUAAUGUUGUUGCACCUUAUAGAUUCACUGGUUUGUUGUGAGAUAUACUUUAGAGAGCAAUGAGUCCACUUUCAUUAGAACUGUGAAGCAGGUUAUUGCGUGUGAAAGCUUGUGUGUGCAAUGAUCUUGUUAGGUUGGGCUUAAAUGACCUACAUGAGCUUAUUAGCACAUUGGAGUUAUGAGAUAGCUUCUAGUAUCUACAGUAGUGUCCGGUGAGGGUAGGACUCUGUUGCUCUCCUGGUUUCCUAACAGAGCAGGUCUCUGGCACUUGCUGAGAGGGGAGGUGUGAGGUGUAGGGAACUUAGUGUGAUGCAUGGUGGCAGGAGCAGCAGAUUGGUUCUGCUGCUGGGAAGCCAGAAGAGUAACAGAGCCCCACUGCUACUCAGUAUCUAUAAACACAUGGAUGUUAGUGGCUCCUAGGAAGGCAUUGUAAUAGGAUAGUGGUGUUAUUUCUUUUAAAAGUUGAUGGAAAGCGUUUGCUAUUUCCCAGUUCCUGUUCUGUCGUAAUUUUGGCAUGAGUGGUUGAAUAAUAAGUGUGUGAGCCUUUUGGAUGGCUAAGAUAGAUGAGUGGCACAGCUGCAGAUGGACUGAUAAUGGGCUUCAAAGCUUGUGCUUCAUGUAAUGAAAGAACUAUCUCAAGCAAUAACCUCCCCACUUCUACCCAUCUGUAUCUGUUUAAGAUACAGAUGGGGUGCCACACAUUCUGGCCCUGCAGGACUCCUGCCUUCCAUGUGGAAGAAACCUUUUUUAAGAGGCACAUAAUGACCCCUGCAUACUUCUCUCUGAAGCAUCAGCAGGAAGGGAAGAAUAAAUCCUUUCCUAAAGCAGACACACUAAAAAUAAAGAGAAGGUGUUAAUGGUAAAUGUCAAUCAUGUAAACAAUAUCUAUAUGAGGUUUUUUGGGGGGGGGAGUUUCCCUCAUUGAAAUAAUUACCUAGGCAUUGAAAAAACCACUAUUGACUGGUAUUAAUUACCAAUAUUGGUAAUUAAAUCCUUCUAGUUGGAUGAAUUGUUUUACUCCUUAUAGUGUCUUGUUAUCAAUAAUGGUCUAUGAUCCUCAAAUAGAGAGGUAUUACUGAUACUGGUGAAUGCUACAGUGCUUGGAUAUAUGAAAUACUUCUAAUUCAAACAAAACAGCAAAUAUCAGCAGUACAUCAAUAGUGUGCCUAUUGUAAAAAGUAGUUGCAUAUUUCAGUUGAUGUCUCAGUUCUAGAUCUGAAGUUGGUUUGCAUUUUCCUGUGUUUGGAGAGUAGAGGCAAUGUGUUGAUGGAACUGAAAAUAAGGAUCUGACAGACAUGACAGUUCAGUAGGCUCCCUGGCGGUGCACAGUGCUUGCUUCAUUUGGUAGCAUUCCAAUAUAGCCUUUAUCAAUAAGUUAGCACUAUUUGAUUACAGAGUUCUCUGGUCAUUCCUUUGUGUCAUCAUAUGUCCCAACUUGAAGCAGGAAAUGAUGUACAGGGCCUAGAAACCAGAAAAUAUAGUUUGUAUCUUUGUAUGAGGAGAAUAUGCAAGAUUUAAGUUUUCUUCCAGCAAUGCUGGUUUUUUCUCAGUGAAAGGAAGUGUUUAUUUCCCAUAUAUUUCAGUGUAACAUUAUCCUAUAUGUAUGUUGACUGAAAAACAAAGAUGCCUCUGAUUGUAUAAGGCCUUUUCUCCAUGAGAAUAGAUUCCACUUUUGUGUGAGGUGCAGCUGCUCUUCCAUUCCCUCCCAGCAGCCAGACACAUGCUAACCUGAAGCAAUAUUUCCUAAUCUAUUCUAUAAUAAACUAUAAGAAGGUCCCCCUCCCCCCCAGUAAUUCAAACAUUGUGUGGAGCAUCUCCUUUAGUGCCCACAUUUACCACUGAAUUAAAUAUUUUUUUAAAGAACAUGUCUUUCUUCACUGCUAUAUGUUAGUGGGGAAACAUACCUAAGAAAAUAAGGACUGAUUCUGGCAUACCUUUUCCAAUACUUGUGCCUAUGUUUACAGUGAGGAGUGCCAGAUGUGAGAUUUCAUAAUGUUGAAAUAGUGAAGUGUUCUGAAAACAAGUAGGAAUAGAUACAUAAAAGCAGACAGCAGCACACCUAAAUCAAUCCUGUUAUGAAUGUGAAAAUGAAACAGAUGAGAUUUUGAAAGAGACUCCAAAACUUGAUUGUGGGGAGAUGGUGGUGAAUAGGGCUCCCAAAUGCACUUGUCAGUGGUGAGCAUAUUUUUAAGUUGCCGAGUGCAAAAUGGGAGGAGAGUGGAGAGGCUUGCCCCUGCAUUCCCACUCAGUUUUGGGGGUUCUUGGAAGCAGCAACAGUUGGAGACUUCAGAAAUCUAGCACAACUUCAGCCACAAGUCCUUCCAUUUUCUCUAGGGGUUACCUUUGCAGCCAUGUGAGUUUCAGAGGCACUCUGAAGUGGCAAGAUUUUUCACAAAGUUAGAAUACUGCCACAACAUGGCACAUCUGAAAUAUGAUCUUGCCCCUCUCCAGAUUGGAGAGUCAGAGUGAGUGGCAGACAGCUACAGAAUUUGGCUAACUACAAAGACCAGACAAAAUUUUGGAUGCUGUUGAUGAAUGUUUGGGUUGGAGAAAUAGAAAAUAUAACUUGGCUGACAACAGAGUGACAAAAGAGGUUCUUGCUGAUUAGCAUGUAUCAAAAAUCUGCUUUACUAUAAGGUGAUGAGCAACAACACAGUAGGAAUAUUGACUGUUAUCGAUGGGGAGCUAAAUGUUGUUGGCAGGCCCUACUGUUUUUAAUUCCUGUGUCUUCUGGCAAGAAUCUACAGGAUUUCUGUGAAAUUUUUCAAACUGUGUAACUAUUUCUACUAAGUACUUGUUUAGCAUUGGCAGUAUACCAGGUGCUUAUUGCAAUAUUAACAGCUGCCAAAUUUCUGCAUGCUUUCUGUAGUCAGAGCAUUGAAGGAUCCAAUGAAUCCUGGUGGGGAAUUCCUCUUAGCUCUAGGACAGUGAUCAGUGCUACCACAAAUGUCAAUGAUUCUUUGGGUUUGGCCACAUUCUCUACUGACCACAAGGUGUCACUGUUAUACAAUGAAUUUAAUUCCCUCUGCAACUGACUUCACUGACGUUAAACAGGGGGCUUCCAAGUGUCAUGGUGCUGAAUUCUCCUUUGGAUAUAAAUGCAAGUUAUAGUUAAUAAUUUAUGCACCCUGGCAUCUACUAAUGCUUUGUUCUUCCAUAAUAGUUCAGUGCACACUACAGCCUGACUAUUUAGCAAUAAAAGCAGAGCAGUUAUUGUGCUUUCUUCAGGUUCCCCCCGUUAUAAACGUUAAGUAUAUCAUAGGAGUCCACUGCAGGGAGGGAAAAAACAAACCCAGAGAUCACUGGUGCCUAAAAAUUGGGACUAGUGACUGGAACUUGAAUUACUGUGGAAGUUAGUUUUUUAGUCUGGCUCCUGAUUUUACACAUACAAAAAUUGUAUCUUGCUCAGUGUUUGAGUACUUUUUUUCUACUGCUCAGCUUUUUCCUGCACUACUGCAUUUUGUCUAAAUAGAAUGAGAUAUUUUCUCCAUGGUUAGGAAGGACAGCAAGAAAUAAGUUUUCUAACUAGAGAAACAAAACAAUAGGCUUGGUUGCUAGAGAAUAUAUUUCUUAGUGAUCUGAGAAUUUUUAACAAUACUUUUGGUUUUUAAUUUGAAGUGGUUGAGCUUUGACAAUUUUUUGCCAAUCUCCAUCAUUCCUGAAA